AUGCCUUCAAGCAAAGACCCUAUGUACUGGACAGUCGAUGAUAUUGUCAUGUUCUUCUGCCAUGACAAGGCUGGUGACUGGUCCCACAAUCUGGCUUGCCCAGAUCUUAUUGCUCUCGAGAAUUCUCUCCGAGAACAAUGUGUCACAGGCUCAGCCUUGCUCGAGAUCACAGACAAACAGGUGAAAAAAGACCUAGGCAUAAAAGUGCUUGCGCAGCGCCUGUAUGUCCUGAAAGCCAGUAAAUGGCUACAGCGACGCUCGCCAAAGUUCCAAUUGGACAAUCUGCAGCCUGCUCCCAAGGUACUUCUCAGUGAACAGCAAAAUUCAGCAGAACACCUCGAUGACCCCAUCAACAACACCCCCCUACUUGAUAUUCCUGCCGACAUUAUCACCUCCCCUGAUGGUCUUCUCAUCUCAGCUCCACUCCUUGAUGGUCCUCCACUGUCCCAAACAGAGGGAAAGAGACCUCGCCGGAUGGAGACCACUAUCAUUGAACGACCACCCACAUCUGCUCUCCGAGAAACAGCUCAUGAACUACCUGCUCCGAAUUCCGCCUUUGGGAAAGAUGACUUUUUUGCUCAUCUUCUCGAAACUUACCCCCCAAACGAUGCGGAUGUUCUCUCACUUCUUGGAGACUCCAGCUCCGAAAGGGGAUACGACACAGAGACUCGCGAGGAAAUGGAAGAAGAUGAGAGGCAAUCCCGCCCGGAUACUCCCCUGGAUACUUCUGGAAACGUGGAAGAUGCUGAAUUCAACAAAACCGUCGAUGAAUACAUCAAUGAACGGAAAACCCAGUUCAUCGAAAUUCGGCUGCCGAAAGAGCUGCCGAAAGGAUUUCAAAUUUGGACCAGAGGCCAAGAGUUCCCAAGCAUGAAAGCCCAAAUUUCGACACGGCUCGCCCACCUGGAGAAACGUUGUCAAUCCCUCCGCAAAGCACUCGCCGAGGCACAACAUUCAUUCCGCUCGUCCUUACUUCAAGCAUGUGCAUGCCUCGACCCCACCGUGGUCGACAUUUGCUUGAAUCAAUGGAAGCUUUCUAUUCUCGAGAAAACUAGCCCACCGCCAAAGGUUGCUUGUCCGCCACGCACCCCACGGCCAGAAAAGCCCAGUGUGAAUUCAGACGGCGAAGAGACUCUGAGUUCGGAUUCGGAUUCCGUGUGUGACACCGGAGAAGCGGUAGAUGACCAAUCACCAGAACAAUUGGAAGACGGUCUCGACCUUGCCCUUGUUUCUGAUCUUGAAGAGAGUGAGAUUCUACAGGACGAAGAGGAGCCACGUUCUCGCGCAGCUCAUCAAUAUGGACCAUUCCUUGACUACUCUUCAAGCGAAGGCGAGGACCUCGGCCAUCAUUUCUUCGAAGAAGAGCGUUACGAGUCCCCGGCUGCCAAGAGGCGCCGCCUUGAGAAAAAUAGCGUUCACCAAGAUAAUUCAACUUCAUCACUGAUGCCGAUGACAGCUCUGCCGUUUGUUCGGGACGUGGCGCUGCCCUCGGAGGAGUGUGAAGCCGAGGGUCAGAUGGAGGCAAAUAUCUAUCCUGUCAACCCGACGCACCUCAACACACAUGAGUCUGUGGACUUGGCGAGUGACAACCUCAGUGAAACUGAUGAGGCUGUGCGUGUUUUUGACGAUGUCUAUUCUAUGAUGUGGGCAACUAUCACCGAGGGUGGAAACCGACUUCACCUGGUAGCGAAGGCCCUCACAGGUCUGCCGAACAACCGGAUCAAUCAACUUUCUCAAUUUCUCGGCCCUUACAUGCCCUGUGUUUAUCGAGAUUAUGCGCUAGAUGCGCUGAAACACAUGUCUGACGAUUCAUCGGUGAUCGAGGAAAUAGAUCCCGAGGAGAGCCAUUCCGCAAUGUUAAUGACCGCGUUGUUCGUGUCGUGGAUUAAUGUUAUCCAAGUCCCUCAUGGCGCCUUUACAGCAAAACAAGUCAAGGCUGCGAUUGUGGCGAUCGGAGAGGACCUCGAUAUAGGUCAAUUCGCACCAUUCUUGAAAUGCUUGAAUGAUCUUAUCAGGGGUUACAGAAAAUGGUCGACUUUGUCAUCUCGUGUCCAGCCUCAUGAAAAGAUACCCACUCAGCACCAGUGGCCCAAGCGAAAGAGACUUUUCGCCACAGUGACUCUGAAUCAGGCCCAAAAGGAUGGUCAGCAACGACAGGCAGAUCAAGAUGAGGCCAUACGUGCCUUCCGAUCCCGCGUUGACUAUGAGGACAUACCCGCAAAACCAGUUUCGUUCCGGGAUCCUGUUAUCCAACUUGAUCCAUAUAUCGGCAGAUGGAUCCAGCCACAUCAGCUCCAUGGGGUUCAGUUUAUGUUCCGGGAAAUUGUCGAGAACAAACGACCAGAAGGGUGCUUGUUAGCCCACACCAUGGGGCUGGGCAAGACCAUGCAAGUGAUAUCACUUCUAGUUACCAUCUCCACUGCUGGGGCUUCGCAAGAUCCGGCCAUUCGAGCCCAAAUCCCCGAAGAAUUGCGACAGCUCAAAACUCUGUUACUGUGUCCAGCAUCGCUCAUUCAGAAUUGGUGGAAGGAGUUUGCAAUGUGGUCCCCUGACAACCACAAUCUCGGCAAGGUCCGCGCUAUUCUGGGAAAAUAUUCGACAACUGGUCUUAACCGAACUGAAGAGAUUUGCGCGUGGAAUGACGAGGGUGGUGUACUGAUCAUCAGUUACGAAAUGUUCCGCAAUCUUGCUGGGAACAAUGUGGGGCAGGAUGAGGAUCCCGGAGAACAAUCGAUCAAUGAAUCUGUCAAGAGUUGGUUGCUGGAAAGCCCGAAUCUUGUUGUGGCCGACGAAGCUCAGGUGCUACGAAACAUCACAACCAAGGUUGCUCAGACAACCUGCCGCAUCCGCACCCGGAAACGGAUUGCCCUAUCAGGGACUCCACUAUCCAAUGGGUUGAAAGACUACUAUUGGAUGGUUGAUUGGGUUGCCCCUCGAUACCUGGGAACCUUUGCUGAUUUCAACGAAUAUUUCAUCAAGCCAAUCGAAAAUGGCUCACAUAUUGAAAGUACGCGGUUUGACCGAAGAGAGGCACUGCGGCGCCAGGAGCUGUUCCUUAGGAUCAUCGACCCAAAGGUACAGCGAGCGGACAUCUCCGUACUGACAACCAAAUUGCCACCCAAAUACGAGUUUUCCGUUUACUUCGAGCCGACGAGUUUCCAAAAAGCUGCAUACAACGUCGUCAUUGAAGGUAUACUACUGAACAAGACUGCGAAUAUGAGCUCGAAGCUUCUGUCCUGGCUGUCCACUAUUAAGCUCUGCUGCAAUCAUCCGGGCCUUCUCAAGGAAAACCUGGAAACCCGAGCAACCAAAGGCGUGCACGACAAACAAAAAAGUCCCAGCAUUGAUGAUCAUGGUCUCAAUUCUGGCUUUGACGCUGCCACCGAGGAGGUAACCCUUCCACAGUCGACGUUGUCUGAACUGGGCGAUCUGUUCAGUAAGGUUCCUGACUUGCUGGAUCCUAGCCUAUCCAGUCGAGUGUCGAUACUCAAUGAGAUUGUCAGCCAGGCAAUUGCAGUUGGGGAUAAGGUCCUCGUCUUUUCAUCCAGUAUUCCGACUCUGAACUAUCUGGCGCAAUUGAUGGACAGAACAAAAAGGAAGUAUUAUCUACUUCAUGGCACAGUGGCCCCGGCUGAGCGUCCUCAGAUGAUUCACAAAUUUAACACUGAUCACUCCACUAACGUGUUUCUUAUUUCAACUAAAGCUGGUGGUACCGGUUUGAACAUCCAUGCUGCGAACCGAGUUGUCAUUUUUGAUUUCUUGUUCAACCCUACAUGCGAGGAGCAGGCAGUCGGACGUUCCCACCGCAUUGGACAGACAAAGCCGGUAUUUGUGUACCGACUGAUCGCCGGUGGAACGAUUGAGGAGCUGAUGUAUGGAAAAACCGUCUUUAAGAGCCAACUUGCGUGUCGGCUUCUCGACAAAAAGCAUAUCGCUCGGCUGGGUUCAAAAGCCGAUGGCAAAUAUCUGGUUUCCUGGAAACAGAGUUCACAGAAAGGCGGAGUCCAGGAAGUUGCGUUUGCAACUGACCCACAGAUGAUGGGAAGACUGAAAUCGGCAUGUGGCGACUCAGUCCUCAGUAUCAAGCUUUGUGGCAACGAGAUUGAUCCAGACGACAAAUUGACGGUGGAAGAACAACAAUCCGUCGAAGACGAACUCAACCUCAGACGCCUUCUCCUUGAGUCAAGAGGAUUAUGA